AUGGAGAGAAUAGAAGGUCAGAGUGAGGAGGAAGAAGAAGAAGGAAACGAAUACAUUAGUAGAAGAACCAAACGCGUGCAGAUACUCAAGAAGUGCGUAUGGACGGACAUCAACCAGGUGGGCAAAGUACAACUCUUCGGAUGGGCGGACCAGCCCUUCGAGUACUCCAGUGUACAUAGGCACUGCAACAAUCCAAAUGACUUUUCCGAAUCCAGCAGCGCUAACGCAGUGAUCAAGGUUCUAGAUCCAAGUAGCUACAUGGGUACUGGAUACGGUGGACUAGAUAGCGCGCACGAGGGCGUGGAUCGUGUAUUAAUUAAGUACGCAUGAGCGGGGGAAGUCUAGUAGUACUACAAUAUACCGAAGCACCAAAAUAAAUACUGAAAUCACACAAUACGCGCAGAAAAAAAAAAGAAAAGAAAAGAAAGAAAAAAAAAGGGAAAACGGAAGGGAAAUUGCCCCCCCUAACCUCCUCCCCUCUCUAAUGAAAUCAAUAGCUGUACGUCGCAAUCCGUAGUUCGGGGCACUAUUUUCAAGGCCAAGAAGAUCAAGAUCCUUUUAAAACCCGAUUUUAA